UAUAAAAGACUUAGGAGCGAAAUUAUAUUGUUUUAACCUUGUGAAGAGAGAGAUAAGUUAGAAAUGAAAUUUCUCUGCAGCAUCUUGUUGUUUUUGUGCCUUAGUUUAACAGUACUAUGCCAAACUCCUCCAAUCGGCCUCUGCAAACUGAACAGAGACCAGAUGGAAAAGUACUUGGAAUGCGCAAGUGAGGAGGUUCCUUUGUGGGUUAUGAAAGAAUAUGACAGGUGCAAAAAUGAAAUUAUGCCUGGAACUUCUGACAUUGAUAUCAUAAAGAAAAUGUGCGAAGACUAUGAAACAGCAAAGGAGCUUUCCGUGUGCAUUACUCCAGUCGUUAUGGAAAUAUUAGAAGAGCUCCAGCAAAUUGUCGAAAAAUGUGUGAAUCAGGUGGAGGGUUAAUAACUUCAUAUGGCCUAAGAUGAGCUUCGGUUUACACCACACCGACCACAUAUGCACGUCGUUAAUUAAGUAAAUAAUAAUUGUAGAAUCUGAUCUGUUAGUAAUUGUUUCGGUAAUAUAUGAAGUGAUCAUUUUGCAGUUAAUGUAAAAAAUAUUUUUAUUCCUAAUAAACUGAGUUUUUCAUGGUUUGAGUUCAAACCUCUACAAUAAA